AUGACCAGCUCUGAGCGAUUUAUGCAGGCUACGGGCCUGGGUGGAACGACGGGAGCGGGCCGCGGGCCAGAGCAGAUCGAGAGCAUGAAGCCUGUUAAAGACCGGGUUAUUAAGGUCACUUUCAACGCCGAUGUGCACGCAAGUAUACACUGGAAUUUCAAACCUCAACAAACGGAGAUCUACGUGGUACCAGGAGAGACUGCACUGGCAUUUUAUAAAGCAAAAAAUCCUACUGACAAGCCAGUAAUUGGAAUCUCUACCUACAACGUAGUGCCCUUUGAAGCAGGACAGUAUUUCAAUAAAAUACAAUGUUUUUGUUUUGAAGAACAGCGGCUUAAUCCUCAAGAGGAAGUGGACAUGCCUGUCUUUUUCUACAUUGAUCCAGAAUUUGCAGAGGACCCUAAAAUGGCUAAAGUUGAUUUGAUCACUCUCUCUUACACCUUUUUUGAAGCAAAGGAAGGACACAAAUUACCACUUCCAGGCUAUCAGUAAUAGGCGAUAUCUACAUAAUUGGACUUCUGCUACCUGACCACCAGUUUUGAGACCAUUUUCCCAUGGAAGGAAAAACUGUACAAAAACUACACGAGUACUGUGCAAUAUGAAACUAUAUUCUUAAACCACGGUGGGCACAUGCUGCUGUUCUGACACAAUUUUUUCUAUUUUUUUAAACUCGUAGUUAUAAUUGCCUUAGGAAUAGUAUUUUAUCAUCAAAACAAAAUGAAUCUCUGUGUUUCUAGAAGAAAGGCAGCAGUCUCAAAGCCAUCUCUUAUAAUGAUACAUGUUAAUGAUACAUGUUUUACUUUCCAUACAGAGGAACAUAUCUGUUUAAUAAAUAUCUAAAAUUGUGUUGCUGACUCUGAAGAAUAACUUCCAUUUACCUUGUAUUUUCAGUGAAAACUUUUACAAUAAUGUAUUUAGUCAGUUCAUGAAGUCCCAAACUAAACAAAGUUAGAGUGAAUUGCUAAGUAACCCUUCCCCAGCAGAGGAGAAGGUAAUGAUUCAGUAGAUGAUGCUGCCUCUUUAAUUAUUACUGAAUCAGUAGUUUAUUUGGUAAGAGCAGACUGCUCUGGAACUGUUAUCAUGUGAAUAAGGUACAGUAAACUAAACGUAAGCAUUUCAAAAUGGUGGACUCCUUGUGGAAGUGUCUGACUUGAGAUGGAACUAAUCUUUUUGUAUGUUUCCUGCAGGGUUUGUAAUUAGAAAUACUAUCUCCAAAUUUGGAUAUUGUGUUCAAGUCAUUGAAAAUUAGUACUAACUGUUGCUUUCACCCCUGAGGGGGCCAUACGCUGGGCACCUCUAAAUAGAGGAAAGCUAGGCUUAUGUACUGGCUUUCUCUUCGAAACUUUUCAUACAUAAACAGCUGUUCUGACUUUCAGGUUAACUUAGCAGGCAAAGGUGUCUGCUCAAAAACCAAAGGAAGUCAACCACAUUCAGAGCUUAAGUCCAACAAAGCCUGCCUGGAAGCAUAUCAGUUGAUGGGAGGUACACCUAAGCCUGUAUUUAUGUAACUUUUUGUCAUUAUCUGCAGGGUAGGGAUAAUAACACUUUAUCACUGCUUUGCAAAUGAGGAGCGAAUUGCAGAGCAAGUUUAAAUGACCUACCCAUUUUCAGACAGAAAUUAGUUUACUAGGCCAGUUCUUUCUACCCCUUUCAGUGGACGAGAUCUAACAAAGACAAGUGUUAGUUUGUUCUGACUGUAAAAAGGUAAUGGGUAUAUCAAAAAAACUUUAAAUUACGUUGUCUCACUUAUGUUCACAUACAAACUGAACAGUGUAAAUACAAGGAAACUACCUUUAAAAUGCAUUAUUCUACUAAAUAUCUUUGUAACUUAAAAAAAUCUGGAUGACAGCAAUGUCAGAUCUUCACUGUGUAUUUAUUAAAAUUUUAAAACUUUU